CUCAUCAUCAGUAGUAGAGUCUUAAGAACUUAGCAGUUAAAAAAAAUGUCUUCCUUAUUUCAAGAGGAUUCAUAAUGGGCUAACUCCCAGAAGAAAACACACUACUUUCCUGGACAUUGUCAACUCUUGGUCUGCUGCCAGGGGUCGUCACACACUCUUCUGCUAUGACUUGGUAUGUAUCAGGUGCCGCAUGUGGACAGAGGAGAAGCCCUGGACCCAGCUUUGGUUUCAGUGCUUCCUUGUGAGGGUUCUUUGCUUAGACCCUGCAGUUCUGUGUGACCUUAUCUCAUCUCUCAUCUCAGAGGGCUUCAGUUGAGGCAUUGCCGUGUCACGCAGGUUCCAUGAUGUAAAUCAAUGGUCUGGUGAUCUGGGUGGCAUGACAUGCUUGCCCUCUCUGGUUCAUCACCCAUGAUAAGCCAGUAAAGAUAACCACUUGGAGUCCCAGCUGCUCAAACAGUGCUCGGCUUCCUCAGGACACAGAGCCUCCUCCACCACAGCUAUGCGCUUCCUGAUGCCCACCUUCCUUGUGUGUGGAUUGCUCAUUCAGGUGACCACAGGCGGCUUGUCUCAACCAAGAUGCUGGAAGAAUAAUAUUGGAUUCUGCAGAUCACGAUGUUUAGAUGACGAGAGGUACAUAAUUCUUUGUAAGAACAAGCUCUCGUGCUGCAUUCCCAUAGUGUUCCCCUCAGAAUUCACUCGAAAGCCGCAGCCUCCCUUGAUCCAAAUAGAGGACAUCACAUCUGAUUUAGGGGAUUGGGACACUUCUCCCAAAUCUCCAGUAACAAAAAUUAAUGAUCAGUUCACAUUUCAUGACAAUCUGUCUCUAGUUUUUGAACAAUCUACAGUUGAUGCUUCUGGUACCGUCCAGCCCAUGACCACACCCAUGCAGCUACCUUUCGCUGCAGCUGACUGAUGUUGCCACCUGGGAAUGGGACAACUGGAGGUCCUGCUGGAACCAACACCCGGGAGCUCGUCCUACUCCUCUACUCCUCGUUCUACAAUUCCAUUGGAGAUAGGAUGGACACAACUGCUACUCUCAUGGCAUAAGCCAGUUACUUUAGGAUUAGAAAUGUGCGUAAGAUACAAGAAUUCUCUUCACUGACUUCAAUUCUUUGUCUUCUUCUGAUGUAUGGAAAUGCAUGGGCUAAUCUGGGUCUCAAGGGAAUGUGUGAGGGUCUUGAUUUUUAUUCAUUGUUAUUUUAA